AUGGGAGCUUGCGGUUCAAGUGAAUCUCGGAGAACGGAGACGGCGAAGCUUAUAUUACAAGACGGAACGUUGCAGGAGUUUUCAACGCCGGUGAAGGUGUGGCAGAUUCUUCAGAAGAAUCCCACGAGUUUUGUUUGUAACUCGGACGAUAUGGACUUCGACGACGCCGUUUUAGCAGUGGGAGGCAGCGAGGAUCUCCGGCCUGGAGAGCUUUACUUCGUUUUACCGUUGACGUGGCUCAAUCAUCCGUUGAGAGCAGAUCAAAUGGCGGCUUUAGCGGUUAAAGCGAGCUCUGCGCUUGCGAAAAGCGGUUGGAGUUGCGGCGAUCAAGAUGGAUCAAGAAAAGUCUCUGGAAGUGAGCGUAGAGUGAAGAGAGUAAAGAGAAAUGGUUGCGGCGGAAGCGGCUGUGGUGGUGGUGGUGGUAAAGGGAGGAGUAAGUUUACGGCGGAGCUAAGUUCGAUAGCGGAAUAG